UGAGACCAACAUCUGUAUUCACUGUAUUUACGUGUACACAUUUUAAUAAAAAUGCGAAAAUUUGAUGAUAACAGCACGUACAAUCGUCGAUACACUUUUUCCUUUUUUCCCCCCUUUUGGUAGUUCUGAAUACAUUACGUCAAUGGUGGUCUGAUUUUGUUCAGCUGUUCUACUGUUAGAUGAGCAAUCACUUUAAUUCUACUCAGAACACAAUGUCUAAUAUAACCGAGGUUUCAAGCAGAAAGGUGUUUGGAGGAUAUCAAAAAGUCUAUUCUCAUGAAAGUUCUGAACUAGGAUGUAAAAUGAAUUUUGGAAUUUUUUUACCUCCUCAAAUUGAGGAGGGGCCUAUACCAGUUAUCUACUGGUUGUCUGGUUUGGAAUGUACAGAAGCUAAUUUUACUCAGAAAGCUGGUGCUCAAAAAUAUGCUUCUGAACAUGGAGUAAUCAUAGUAGCUCCCGAUACAAGUCCUCGUAAUCUCAAUAUACCAGGAGAGGACGAUGAUUGGGAUUUUGGAACUGGUGCUGGUUUCUAUGUUGAUGCAACAAAUGAACCUUGGAAUAAAAAUUAUAGAAUGUAUAGCUACAUCACUAAGGAACUACCAGCUUUAAUUAAUGAAGAAUUUUCAGUUCUACCGAACAAGCAAUCUAUAAUGGGCCAUAGUAUGGGAGGGCAUGGAGCUCUAAUAUGUGCUUUAAAAAAUCCUGGCUUGUAUAAAUCGGUUUCUGCUUUUGCACCUAUAUGUAAUCCAAUUUCAUGCCCAUGGGGUAAAAAAGCUUUCUCUGGAUAUUUCGGUGGAACCGAGACCAAUCCUGUAUGGAAAAAUUGGGAUGCUACAGAACUAGCUAAAAAAUAUAAUGGUCCACCUUUGGAAAUUCUAAUCGAUCAGGGAAAGGAAGAUCCAUUUUUAAAAAAUGGACAAUUAUUACCAAAUAAUUUGCUAGCAGAUGUAAAAGAUGUUGGCCUAUCAUUGGUUCUUAGGUUUCAAGAAGGCUACGAUCAUAGCUACUUUUUUAUAUCAACUUUUAUCGAAGAUCAUAUUAAGCAUCAUUUGAAAUAUCUUAAAGCUUAGGUCUAUUAACUUUACAUUUCAAAUUUAUUAUCAUGAAAUGUACAGUUUUUCAUUUCGUCUAUCAUAAUUAUUAAAAGAGUAUCAAUAUAUAAACAUUGCUAUUCCAA